UAUAUUUAGUUUACGUAUGUUUAACUAGAAGAAAUUUAACAUUUACAAACAUAUACUUGCUUACCUUGUUUUGCAACAUGGCUUUCAGAGGAUUUACUUUGUAUGCGCUGGCUCAUAUUUUGUACGGCGUAGCAUCGGUACCAAUACAAGAAAAAGAGACCCAUUCUUGCGGAUAUAGCAGCUGCAACCCAGUAAAAGACGAUAUGUUAAACGUUCAUUUAGUACCACAUACACACGACGAUGUUGGUUGGGUGAAGACGUAUGAAGAAUACUACCAGCAAGAUGUUAAAAAGAUAAUAUCUUCAGUAGUAGAGAAUUUAGAGCACGACCGUUUGAAAGGCGGCAACAAACGUUUUAUCUACGUGGAAAUGGCGUUUCUAAAACUCUGGUGGCAAGACCAAAAUGAUGACAUUAAACGUAUAGUCAGAACUCUCGUCAACGAAGGACGCCUUGAGAUUAUACUUGGUGGUUGGUGUAUGAACGACGAAGCCACACCUUAUUACUUGGACAUAAUUGAUCAGCAUACUCUCGGCUUUCAGUUCAUUAGAACUAACUUUGGGGAUUGUGGCCGACCCAAAAUUGGCUGGCAGAUAGAUCCGUUUGGUCAUUCUAGAGAGGUUGCUUCGCUCUUUGCACAGUUUGGUUUUGAUGGAAUGUUUAUUGGUCGGAUAGACUAUCAAGAUAAGCGCGAAAGAAAGAGAUCAAAAACAAUGGAAAUGGUGUGGAGGGCCAGCGAGUCUUUAAGUAGAUCAGGCACAGAUAUAUUUGUCGGCGUGCUAGAAAAUGUGUAUUGGCCACCAAAAGGAUUCUGUUGGGACUAUUGGUGCUCGGAUCCAGAACUUGUUAACAGUUCGAAUAAUUGGAAGAGAGCAAAAGUGAAUGAAUUCCUAUGGACAAUUAAAGAGGAGGCCAAACAUUACGCCACAAACCACGUGAUGGUAGAAAUGGGGAGUGACUUUCAGUAUAGAUGGGCUAAUAAAUGGUAUGAAAAUCUGGACGAGCUUAUCAGGCUGAUCAACAUGAGACAAUCUGAGGACCCGAACUUCAAAAUAAACGCCUUGUAUUCCACUCCGUCCUGUUACCUGUAUCAGUUACACCGCUCAAACAGGACAUGGUCAGUUAAAAAGGACGAUUUCUUUCCGUAUGCUCACAGACCAAAUUCUUUUUGGACCGGUUAUUUCACAAGUAGACCGCUUCUAAAACGGUUUGUUAGGACAGCAGGUGCCUUAUUACAGACGUGUAAACAGCUGAACGCUUUAGCAAAAUUAGAAGAUACAGAAUUUGAUAUGAAUUAUUUGAAAGAGGCAAUGGCUGUAGUGCAACACCAUGAUGGCGUUUCAGGCACGGAGAAACAGUAUGUUGCCGACGACUAUACCAGACUACUUAGUAACGGUAUACAUUAUUGCAAGGACAUUAUUUACUCUGCAAUUAACAAAUUGCUGGAUGUAAAUGAUACAACUUCUCCUCAGCUACAAUACUGUGACCAUCUUCCUCUCCAGGCAUGCAACAUUCCUGAAUCCAACAAUAAGUUUUCAGUAGUAUUGUACAAUCCAUUGGCGAGAAGACAUAACUAUUUUGUUCGGUUACCUGUCUUGGAUUCUGAAUAUGAAGUAUUUAACCAUGAUGGAAUGGAAAUUGAACAUCAGAUGCUUCCAAUCACAAAAGAGACGAAAGGUAUACCUGAACGACCGGAAUCUACAGCGGGGAAUGAUUUGGUGUUUCAAGCAGAUUUGCCUCCCCUUGGUAUCACAACAUUCUUUAUUCAGAAGAAAGAGGAAAACGACAUAGACAUCUACGACAUAGAUAUGCUUGAAGAAGAGGUGAUAGAACUGGCAGAGGAAUCCUUCGGUCCAGAGGCCUAUGAAGAUGCCCUAGAAAUAAUCGAAAAUCAGUUCUAUACAGUUACUGUGGACCGAAAGACAGGACUGAUAUCUCGAAUCUGGAACAAACAAGAAGAUGUGGCUAUACAACUGAAACAGAAUUUCUUUUAUUACGUCAGUCAUUCCGGCUAUAAUUAUGACGGUGACUCCCAGGCCUCGGGAGCUUAUAUCUUCAGGCCAACGUCAAAUAGGCCGGAAGACAUCAACCAGGGCAGCUCUGUUAACAUCAUUUCAUACAAGGGAGGUCUUGUUCAGGAAAUCCGUCAAGUGUUCUGUUCCUGGGUAUCGCAGGUUAUUCGUCUGUAUGACAACCAGAGUCACAUAGAACUUGAGUGGACAGUAGGACCAAUACCUUCAGGUGAUGGUAGCGAGGGCAGAGAAGUAGUUUCAAAGUAUAUGACAGACCUAGAAACGGAAGGAAUACUGUAUACAGACCUUAAUGGUAGAGAAACUUUGAAAAGAAAGCGGGAUGUUACAAAAAGUGAGCCAGUGGCUGGAAAUUUCUAUCCAAUAUCAUCCCGUGCAGCUAUUAAGGAUGAGAGACGUGAUGCACAGCUUACGGUACUGGUGGAUCGGUCAGAGGGAGCUGCAAGUAUACAUGAUGGUAACCUAGAAAUAAUGAUACAUCGCCGCACGUUCUUGGAUGAUUCCCUUGGUGUUGAGGAACCGCUGACGGAAUACGGAGCAAGUGGAAAAGGCAUUGUGGUUAGAGGAACACAUUAUAUCAUGCUCAACAAGAUAUCCAGAGCGUCGUCAGUAUACCGACCACUAUACCAGAAGAUUUAUCUCCAACCAUUUAUAACAUUUUCCACACAACUUCCACAAUAUAGUGACUGGGCAAACACUCGAAAAACACUGUGGUCAGGAAUAACAAGAGCACUGCCAGAAAAUGUACAUUUGUUAACGCUGGAUGCUUGGCAAGAACCCGUCGUAGAAACAACAUACACGUCUUUGCUUUUACGAUUAGAGAAUAUAUUUGAAGAGUUUGAAGAUGAGACAAUGUCAAGUCCAGCAACGGUAGAUUUACAGAACUUGUUCCAUCCAUUUCACAUCACUGAAGUUAUAGAGAUGUCUCUUGGGGCAAACAUGAAAAUAGAAGAUAUGCAGAGACUAAAAUGGAAAACAAAACAUGACGAACAACGAUAUGUUAUCAAUCACUUGGACAAUGGUUUCAUAUUUGAACUUACCCCGAUGCAAAUCCGGACUUUUCAAAUAAAUAUUGACAAUCGUUAGUUAAUACUGUGAAGGUGUAACAAUUUCAUACAUAUUCAUUCAUUAUAUGCUUAUACUGAUACUAAUAUUUUCAUUAUUUUAUCUAUUAGAGUAUCAAUAUCAAAAGAAAGAUGACUAAUUCUUGAUGUGCAACAAAAUUGCAGGAAUAGAAACGCUAUGUGCUAGGAUUAGGCACCAUUUACGCUAUUACUAUUAUUAUUAUUAAUAUUAUUAUAUACAACAUUUAUAUAACACUCUUUUCAUAUAAAAUACGUUCAAGUCAAAAGUGCUUUACAUAAAAGCAUCUACAUAAUGUUCAAUAACAAAGGUAAUUGAGCUAUUAUAGAAUUAAUUUAAAAUUACAUUACGGUAAAAAUUUUAUGAUACAUAGCGUUUUAAAUUAAAGCUAAGCAGAUUAAACUCCUAAAUAAAACAACAACAACAAAAUAGUUAACUAUACACAAAGUAUAAGAUAUUGAAUGACAAUUUAAAAUUUACUUUACAAGAUAAGAUAAGUGCGAUCAAAACAUGAAACAAAAUACAAUAACGUAAAAAAUAACUGAUCUAUCACAAGUUAGAACAGAAUAGAACAAAAAAUAUCCUACACGUUGAACAGACAGAAUUAACCAGUAUGAUGCCUGUGAAAUGCAUCACUGCAUGCAAACCGUCCCGGAUGAUUGGGUAUAACAGACAGUUUCAUAUCAGCAUACUAGUACAAAGGUUAGGGUACUCUCCAAGCGACGUUAUUCUUCAAUUUCUAUUCCUUUGUUGAAGAUAUCAGAAAAGAAAUGAAUACUAUCAAGCUCCGAGUGUGGCUUGUGUUUAGUUCCGAGUGUAUAUAUGGUGAAGCUACCACACGUCUUUGGCGGUUCUUCCAGAAGAGAAGUUUUGACCAAUAUAACUGAUAACAUGGCGUAGGGAGAGGUUUGUAUUUCCCCAACCUAUUGAAUUAAAACGAAGCUAUCUCUUAAACCAUAAAAAGUUAGCAUUUGAAGACAAAUUGAUAGCUUAUUUCAAUAAAAGGACAGCUCUAUAAUUGUGUUCAGCAAUUUGUCCCAGAACCACACGGCACUAUCUCUAAAAUGAUAUAUCAGUUACAGUACAGACUGCUCUUUUAGAAUUCAAGUUAUCUCUCAAACUUUAGUAGAGAUAAUAUCGCUAUUAAAUAACUUUAGAUAUCGCUAUUAAAUAACGUUUUCCAGUAGUCACUGAAUACAUAGUAAUUCGGUUUGCAUUAAUUCUGAAAAAAAAAAAAAAAAAAAAAAAACAAUUUGAACUCUCAUUUUUGUAUGCGAGCAAUAUACAAUGUAUUGGACCUGUUGUUUUGUGUGCUAGCAAUUCCAUAGUUUCAGGUUUUUAUUUUCAG